UUACCUUAACGAUUAGAAAAAGUUAUAAUUUGAUACAAUAGAAGUAUCACCGUUUGUUUAUUUUGGUCAAGCCAUUUAACAACGUUAUUACUAAUAGAUACAUACCAUUUCAUUUUUAGUAGAUAGGUUUUUAUUGUAGAAUAAUGAACCAAUAUCUUUUAUUUGUUAUAUUUGGUUUUAACUUUUUACAUAAUUAUGAAUGUGACGGGGGAAUAAUAAUAAAGGAUAAAUCGUUAAAUAAAGGCAAUAACGAAAUAAUUAUACCCGUACUGUAUCCUGAUGCAGCUUCUAUUUUGAAAGUAUUGAAAGAGCCACAGAAUAUAGAACAGAGUGGAGUACAAGACUUAUUAAAUUUUUAUUAUUCGGCACAAGCAAAGCUAAGCCAGUUUGUUGCAUCAGGGGAUGUUAAAAAAUACCCCUUGAUUGUUAUAGAAGGUUUAUCAGGUUCAGGUAAAACAACUAUUUCUGAAGCUUUAGCUAAAAGAAUUAAUGGUACACGAGUACAUUCUCCUUCACUCAAAGUAAAAACGUUACAAACUGGAUUUCAGAAGAGAUCUGUCAUUUAUAAUGCUUACUACCAAAUAUCUCAAUACAUAACUGCCAUGGAAAUUAUGCCUUUGUUAAAAGAUGGCCCAAUAAUAUUAGACAGAUAUUACCCUUCAUCGGCAACAUACAGUAUUGCCCGAUCAGUAGUUUACAAUCCCGGCAGCUUAAUGCCUCCAAAGGGAGACAAAAUUUACAAUUGGCCCGACGAUUUAUUAAAACCAGACAUAGUAAUUUUCCUAGAGGUGGAUGAAGAAGAAAGAAAUCGGAGACUAACAAGCAGAACAAACAAACCACACACACCAAAACCACUAGGGCAGAAUGAGAUUACGCUGCACAAGAAUUAUGAUUAUAGAAAAAAGUAA